AUGCUAGAGGCAAACAAAAGAAAGUGUCCACUGUUUCAGGGAAAACGAGAAAAUUAUUGUUCUACUCCACCAUAUGCAAAGAAGGUACUAGAUUUUUAUGUAUUUAUUGUUUUGUGGAAAAAAGUAAUUAUAAUGUUGGAAUUGCCAAAGGUGUUUUGUUGUAUUUAUAUGUUGCAUAUUUUUUUAUGAUGGUGUUUCAUUGGUUUGAUUGAAUAAUUUUUCUAUUCUUCACGUUUAAACUGAUGAAAUAAAAGCUUUAUAUGCAUCUUUACAAAAAAAUGGUAAAGCUCAAUUAUUAUGUGCAACUUUGAUCUGUAAUAACUUUGAACCAAACAGCACUUUUGAAACAAGCUGUACAGUUCAAAAGAAAAACCAAGAAAAAUCUGGUGAUAGUUUCAAAAGAGAGUUAUUAUUUGAAAAUAUGCCACAGUUUGAUGUUGAGCUGAAUAUUUCACCAGAAACUCUACAACGUAUUGAUAACAAUGUUGGUGUUAGCAAAGAUGAGGCUGUGGCCAUCGAGGUCUUGACUACCGGUAGGCGGAAGGGUGAUCAAUCAAAGGGAGAGUAUUGCUAUUGUAUAAGUUGUAGCAAGUAUAAAUAA